UUUGAGACAAAAAUGAAAUGGCAUGCAGGAACUCAUAGUGCACCUUUAAGACAACCUUUUAUUUAACUGCUGCGCAACUGAGCUAUAGCUCUGCCGACCCUGUGUACUGCCCUCCGUCCGUCUCGUUCCACUCCAAUCUUAUAUAUGGAAGUGCUUUCUUCCCACUGGCGCGCACCAGGACAAAAGAAUCCCGCUGGAUUGGAACAGCUGAUGCAAACUGGUUGAAGACCAGUGGAGUCCCAGACAGCCGUACAGUGAAGGCCUCAGACUUCAGACUGGAUCCCUCCAGUCCUCCAUCUGUCCAGCUGAUGGCAUGCCGAUCUCCAUCACACCAGAGAGGGCAAGUCUAAAUGGCGCCCUAGACCUUCCCCUGUGCUUCUUGUCUGCAACGCUGCUCGGCUCUCCGUCCUCUCCUGCUCUUCUCUGAUCCCACAUCCACUGUCUAUCUCAACAUGGAUACAAACACCACUGACAAGAUAUGCUUCUACAACCGGACCGUGAACUUUUUCUAUGAGAAGAGUGGCAAGAAUAUCAGCGACCACUGGCGCAACCGUGACUAUGUGAUUGUCAGUCUGGGCAUGAUGGUCUGCUUCAUUGUCAUCUUUUCCAACCUUUUGGUCAUGGGCGCCAUUUUUAAAAACAGACACUUUCACUAUCCCAUCUAUUACCUGCUGGGUAACCUGGCUCUGGCUGACCUCUUCUCAGGUGUCUCCUACCUCCACUUGAUGUUUCAUACCGGUCCAUGGACCAUUAAGCUGUCUCAGCAUCAGUGGUUUGUGCGACAAGGGCUGAUCGACACCAGCCUGAUAGCUUCCGUCCUCAACCUCAUGGCUGUGGCCGUGGAGCGUCACCAAACCAUCUUCAAUAUACAGCUGCACAGUAAGAUGAGCACCCGGUGUGUUUUCAUCAUCAUAAUGUGCAUCUGGCUGGUGUCCAUCGUCAUGGGCCUGGUUCCCGCCAUGGGCUGGCACUGCCUGUGCGACCUGGAGAACUGCUCCACCAUGGCGCCGAUGUUCAGCCGCAGCUACCUGGUAUUCUGGGGGGUUCUUAACCUGCUUACCUUCUUCAUCAUGGUGGCUGUCUACACCCGGAUCUUUGUCUACGUGAGACGCAAGAGCAAGCAGAUGUCACAGCACACCACCCAGAUGAGACACAAAGAGACAGUGUUCAACCUGAUGAAGACAGUCUCUAUGAUCCUGGGCUGUUUUGUGUUCUGCUGGACGCCCGGCCUGGUCAUCCUGCUGCUCGACGGUCUGGGCUGUGAAGUGUGUGAGGUGCUGCGCUUCGAGAAGUACUUCUUGGUCCUGGCCGAGAGCAACUCCUUCUUCAACCCCAUAAUCUACUCCUUCAGGGACACUGACAUGAGAAGGACCUUCAAGGAGAUCCUGUGCGGCAAGCGAUCCACAAUGCUCUUCCCCAGCAACCAUCAAGACCUAGCAACCUCACAGCGCCACUUCCUCCGAAACCUUCACAGCCUCCCCCCAUCCUCGCUCCCGUCCCUGCCUCCAUCCUCCUCAUCCAAGCUUCAGCCCUGUGUUUUCGAUUCUAUAAUCAGAUUUUUUUAAUGUUUCAUUAAUUACUUUUCCCUUUUCAUAUUUGAUUGUUUAGAGUUUAUUUUGUUUUCUUUUCCCUUUGCUAUUUUUCUCUUGAUUUAUUUUACCCAGAUCAACCUGUUGGCAUUGAAGUCAAUAGAUUCAUCUUGUCCAGAUUAUGGAGCA